AUGAUGCUAAAAAGAUACACACCUGGCUUAAAUAUAAGAAAUUAUCAAUUACUUUGUUACACAUCAAAAAGGUACCAGUCAGAUAAUUCAAUAUCAAAAUUGGUCACUGAUGUCUUUCCACAACCUAAAAGAUCUAAGUUUCUAAAAGUUCAGUACGAUACAAGGGCGUGGAUAACAAAGUACAUAGAUUUUUCCAAAUUAAAAGAAAAAGACGAUCGUAAAGACCAUAGCGCGUUAGAUCUGUCGAUGAUUAUCAAAAAACUACAACAACUAAGAAAUGAGAAUAGAAGAAAAAUAUAUUUUAGAGUUCUUACUCUCUUAAAUACAUCCAACAUUGAUUGGAUAGCAAACUCUGGGAAAACAUUAAAAGGUAGGAUUCCAAAGGAAUUAUACCAUGAAUGCAUAAAAAUGCUAAAGAAUAUUAAUAAUCGCAUAGACGAUGAAGCUUCUAAAGUGACAUUCGCAAAAUUGGGUAUUGGCAUGAUAAAAUCAUAUAAGAGAAUGGAAUCGGGAGAUAUAGGAAAUUUCAAACAGAAUGAAAGAGGUCUUGUAUUUUACAGAGACUGCUUACAGUUGAUAAGUAAAGCUGAUUCGAAGCAGUUAUACAAUGAAGUCAUUAAAGAACUUAACUCAGAGGAAUAUAAGUUACUUAAGAUCUGGUUCCAGAUUGCGUGGUAUCUGCAUACCAAACAAAACAUUGAAUUGAAACUUACAAUUCAGACUUUAGUUUCUUCAAUUGGUAAUGAUGAUGUUAUCCUCAAUAAUGCAGAAAAGGCAAUAUUCAUACCAAUACUUAUCAAGUCUUUAGCGGAGUUUAUUACGUGCAAUAAUCCUGAUGGUAUACGACAGUUAGCUCAUAUUUUUACUAAAUGGGAAGAUAUAUUGACCGCAGAUGACAAGGAACGUUAUAAGCUCUUGUCUAACAAAAUAAUGGUUUGA